UGGGUGUACAAUAAAUUAUUGUACACCAAGCCCAUAUUAGGCAAUCCCGAUUAUUUGGCACGUGUGAAGUGUAAUUUUUUUUUUUUUUUUUUUUUUUAAUUGGGGGAAGGCAAUCCCGAUUUCAUUCGUUCUUCUUUCUUCUUCGCUGUUCUCUCUUUUCUCUCUCCUCUCUCCCUCUUCUGCGAUUUGUGCUGCGAUUUCAGGUGCGAUUUCUUCGCGAUUUCAACUGCAAUUUCUCUCUUCUGCAUCUCAACCGCAACUUCUUGCGAUUUCUUCUGCAAUUUCUUCGCGAUUUUGCUACAUUUACCUCGACAGUUCAUCCAGUGAUUUUUGACAUCAUUGAAUCAUGCCGAGAAGUAAAACUGUUAAUGUGAAGGAGAUUUUACAAGAAGAUGAUGACAUUCAAUAUCCAGAUUCAGAAAAUAUUGAAUAUGAUGACGAUGAUGACGAUGUUGUUUAUGAAGAUGAUGAGGAUGUUAAUACUGAUGAGGACCAGGACGAGAACUGGGAACAGGAUGAGAACGGGGACGAGGACGAGGACGAGGAUGUUAAUGCUGGCUUGGUUAAACCGACAGGCAAAGGGAAGAAGAAGCCGGGAGUCAUGGUUAAGAGUGAGUUGGUUGAAAUAAAAACCAAAGGGAAGAAGGCAAGGAUUAAGGCUGAGGUUGAUGCUAAUGUUCCUGUUGAUGCUGAAAAUGAUGUCCAGAUCUUGGAUGGGGGUUGCAGUACUUCAAACUUGACUACCCAGUGUAGACCAACUGCUUUGUUAGCUGUCAUAGAAACAUUCAAUUCAAAUCAAAUUAAGUCUGUUUCAGAAAUUGGAUUCGGUUGGUUGUUAUCUUUACCUACGCAAACUUCAAAGUUAGAUACAACAUUAUUUCCCUGGUUGAUUGAUCAUUUUGAUCCUGUUAGUUGGUUGUUUAAAAUUGAAGCUGGAAAGGAAUUCAUAUUUAGUCCAUGUGAUGUGCAUGAUGUGUUUCUUCUCCCAUUACAUUCUGACAAUCCUAUUGUAGAUAGCAGCACUAGGACUAAGGAUGUAGGUUUGAAAAAUCAGUGGAGAGACUACUUUAAAGUUAAAAAAAAUGCAACCAUUCCAUUGCGUCUGUUGGAGAUUAAGAUGGGUGAAUUAGUGGAAGGUGGAGAAAUGUUCAAGCGAAUAUUUGUGAUGUUUGCAUUCUCUGUUUUCUUAGCUCCUAUAGCUAAUAGGACUGCUGAUUUGGGUUUAGUUAAAGUUCUUGAGGAUGUAGAUGAAAUAAAGAAUCUUGAUUGGUGUGGAUAUGUCCAUGAGAGACUUUGUCGGGCUAUUAGGAAGCAUAAAACUUCAGGCUGCCAGGGUAACGUUGGUGGUUGUUUAUGGGUUUUACAAGUUGUCUAUUUUCAUCGCCUUCAAUUUAGAGGCAUUGCAGAGAGUUGUAGUCUUCCGUUGAUGAAGCAUUGGUCUGGUACUAAAAUUCAUGAAAGGCUUGUUUUGGAAAAGGAUUCAGCUUGCUUUGGCAGUGGUUUAUUAAAUACAGUGACCUACCCUGUUUGUCAAAAGUUGGGUUUUGAAGAAGGUUUUGCCAAGAUUUGUGGUAGGCAUGAUGCUGUGAACGAUGAUGAGAACCAUAUACGGUUCGUCAUUCCUGAUGGGCAAUUGUCAAAUUCAGCAAUUCAAUCAAUUUCAACUGAUGAAAUUUUGGAACUUCUUUGGCAAGAUUCAACUAACGAGGCUGCUAUGGAUCAGCUUCUAAUUUGUUGGAAAGAGUGGAUUGAUAUUUACAACAAUGGCUUUGACAUCACCUGUGUUGAUCUGGUUUUUGUUCCUUUUUUUCGAGAACGCCACUUUUUCCUAUUUGUGUUGAAUUUGAAAACCAAAACGAUGCAACACGUGGACAAUCUUGUGUAUGAUGAAGCUCAAAUCAUUGAUUUGGAAAGUUUUUCAACAACUCUGGUAAUUACCUCUAGUCAAUUUAAGAAUGUUGAAUUACCGAGGCAAUAA